CAACUAAAAAGGACCGUGAUCGGAGCGGGCGAUCCCACUGUGACUUUUAUUUCCAAGUCCCGGAAUCCGGAGCCGCACUGAUCCUUAUCACGCAUGGAUUAUGAUUUUAUCGCUGCUUUACAUUUGUUUUUGCAUUAAAGGAAACUUUGUCAACACAUCCUCACGGGUGGGCUGUUUUCCAGCAUCAGAGCCAUGAAUUAUUACUUGAUAAGAUGUACUGCUUUAUUAUGGAUUGUGAACUCUGUUCCUCAUGCUUUUGGAAUGGCUGUGACUGAACAGACAGAUGGUGUUUGUCCCUCUUUAAUUGUGGAGGAUUACAGGUUUUCUGAUGUUUUAGAUCGUCCUUUAAUGAUCACAGGGUUUGAUCUCACAGAAAAAUUUCUUCUCCGAAGGGGAACAGUUACAGAAGAACUACCAUCUUUUCGUCUAGGAAGCAGCCCUCUUAUAAAGCCAACAAAAUUGAUAUUUCCAGAGGGACUUUCAAGUGAGUAUUCGCUGGUGUCCAUCUUCCGUGUGAGACGAACUACAAAAAAAGACCGCUGGUACCUUUGGCAAAUAUUUGACCAGUCAGGAACUAGCCAGGUGUCUGUGGUGGUUGAUGGCGAUAAGAAAGCAGUGGAGUUUUCCUACCAGGGCUUACUGAAAAACUCUCUCCGCUAUACAUUUAAAAGUCGUGACCUGCACGUCCUCUUUGAUCGCCAAUGGCACAAGCUCGGCAUUUCUGUUCAGACUGAUGUAGUCUCUAUUUAUGUGGACUGCAAACUGGCUGAAAAGAAAAUGACUGAUGAGAGGGACAACAUCGAUCUCAAUGGGCGCACCCUAAUUAGCACACGGAUAGAAGAUGGAAGGCCUGUGGAUAUCGAGUUGAGACAAAUUUUGAUCUACUGUGACCCUUAUAUGGCUGAGAUGGAAAAUUGCUGUGAGCUGCUUGAGCCAAAGUGUGGAGUCGAAAGGACAUUUACUGGGACCUCCCCUCCCCCGGUUACAGCCCAGAGUCCCCUGGUGCUGUCUCAGCCGACCUCACAGUCAAUUGACAGAUGUCACUGUCCAGCAGAAAAGGGAGAUGCUGGUCUCCCAGGGAUGCUUGGACUGUUUAAACCAGACGGGAGAAAAGGAGACAAGGGGGAACUUGGAUUAGAAGGGCAAAAGGCAAUCGAUGGAGAGAAGGGGGAUGAUGGCCUGGCUGAAAACUCAGAGCUGCCUGGCAGAAAUGAAUGCCUCAAAGGAGAUCAGGGCCCUCGAGGAGAAAAAGGAGAAAAGGGAUCAGCUGGAGAGCCGGGUCAUCCAGGCAAAGAGGGCAAAAGGGGAAAGAGAGGAAAGCCUGGGGAGCCUGGACCAAGAGGCCCACCUGGUCCUUUAGGAACCUCAGAGGGAGCAAGUGUCAAGGGGGAGAAGGGGGAGUCUGGCAUCCCUGGGGAAAAGGGAGAGAGAGGAGAUCCCGGUCAGCCAGGUGCAGAGGGGACUGGUGGCGUGAAAGGACAAAAAGGUGACAUUGGCCCGCCUGGUCCUCCUGUGUCUGUGAUGACAGCACAUGGGUUAAGACAGCUCUCUGGAACUGAUGAAAGCACUCAGAAGGGUGAAAAGGGAGCCGAGGGCGAGAGAGGAGCUCAAGGACCACCGGGCCUUAAGGGAAGCAUAGGACCACCGGGACUGAAGGGAGAUCAAGGACCAGAGGGAAAACAAGGUCUACCUGGAUCCAUUGGGCUUCCUGGACUCCCAGGCAAUGCUGGCUUACCAGGGGAGCCAGGGGUGCCUGGGAGAGAUGGCCUGAAAGGAGAAAAGGGAGACUCUGGUGGAGUGAUUGGGCCACAGGGGCCUCCUGGUCCUAAAGGGGAACCUGGAGAACCCGGUGGUGGAUAUAUGAGUGAAGGGCUGUCACUGAAUAGAGGGUCUCGCGGGCCUAAGGGUGAGAGAGGUGUGCCUGGACUGCCUGGAGACCAUGGAGAGAAAGGAGAACCUGGGGAGAGCAUUAUUGGCCCCGUGGGACCCCCAGGGAAGCCAGGAGCUGAGGGUCUUCGUGGACCACCAGGUUUUUCUGGCCCUCCUGGAGCUCCAGGAAGGGAGGGCUCCCCUGGUAGACCAGGUCCACCGGGCCCUGCUGGACCCCCAGGUGAACCAACUGCUCUGCCUAUCGUUGGAGACAUGGGUGCUUUACUGAAGAACGCCUGCAGUCUUUGCCAGACAAGAGUUCCCGGGCUGCCUGGGCAGAAGGGAGAGAAGGGGUCCCCUGGAGCGCAAGGAGUAGAAGGCUUUGUUGGAGAAAAGGGGGACCCAGGUGUAAGAGGUCCAAUGGGUAAUCCAGGAAAAGAAGGCCCAAAGGGUGUAAAAGGAGAGAGAGGGUUCCCAGGUCCCACUGGAGAUAAAGGUGACGAGGGGCCACCUGGAGCUCCAGGACUUCCUGGUGUGGCUGGCCGAACAGGAGCACCGGGACUAGUAGGUAGACCUGGUCCAGUGGGUCCACAAGGAUCAAAAGGAGAAAAAGGAAAUGAAGGACCUCCAGGCAGACAAGGACUUCCAGGUCCUCCAGGUGUGCCGUAUGUGGAGGGGAAGGGGAUGAGCAGUCUGUACAAGCUCCAGAGUGGUGGAGCUAUUUUAGGACCCCCUGGUGCACCUGGUGCCCCGGGUCCAAAGGGAGACGAAGGAGCUAUUGGGGAACCGGGACCCAUGGGCUUACCUGGGCUCGAAGGGCUUCCAGGUGCCAAGGGUGAUAUCGGCCUCCCAGGUCCCCCUGGGGGAACUGGUCCUUCAGGGAAGCCCGGCAGUCGCGGAGAGCCAGGGAUCCCUGGAGAACCGGGUGAGAGGGGGCCUAUCGGAGAGACUGGAUUCCCUGGACCUGAAGGACCUCAAGGUGUUCCUGGGAGGCCUGGAAAAGAUGGAACUCCUGGAUACAAGGGAUCCACAGGUGUACCAGGUGACAGGGGAUCCAAAGGAGAACGUGGUGAUCCAGGCAUUCCAGGAGAAAGAGGUGUUCAAGGUGAGAGAGGUCGUGUAGGAGAUCCUGGCCCCAUUGGACCAAUGGGACCACCAGGAGGAAAAGGAGAUCCUGGCCCCCCUGGACAAUUAGGCAGUGUAAAACUGCUGGAUGAUCCCAGCUUUACAGAAGAACUCAAAAUCUUUAUCCAAAGUGAAGUAAUAAGGAUUUUUGAAGAGAAAGUUUCUGGCGCUGCUAUGCAACAGAAAACACCUGCUGGGAUCUUAGCUUCACCCUUCCAAGGUCCUCCAGGACCACCUGGCAAGGAUGGGUCACCUGGUCCACCAGGAGAGCCUGGGCCUCCGGGCCCUCAAGGAUACAGAGGUCAGAAAGGAGAGCGAGGACAGCUUGGCUUCGGUUUACCAGGAGAUCCAGGACCCACAGGGCCACCAGGCCCACCUGGGAUCACCUCAAGAGGCCCUCCUGGCUCUCCGGGCCCUCGUGGACCUCCUGGGACAUGUGACCCCAACGACUGCAUUCUUCCUCCCUUGUAAGCAGAGAGCAGAGUGCCAUGGCGUUUGGUCCGCUACACGGGUGGUUGUCAUCCAGAAUUUCUAAGCUGUGGCCAGAGGCCAAAAAAAAAAA